AUUAUGGAGUUGAACAGUAUAGGAGUUGUAUUGGAUAUGUUCUUUAAAUACACAUGGAAUAACUUCUUGCAUACUCAAGUAGAAAUCUGUAUUGCAUUGAUUCUUGCAAAUCCCCUUGAGAGUACAGAAAAUGGCACAAUUACAGAUCAGGACUCUAUUGGGGACAAUCUCUUACUGAAACAUCUUUUUCUUAAGUGCCAGUUAGUGGAACAAAUACUUGAAGCAUGGGAAAUGAAUGAGAAGAAACAGGCUGAAGGAGGAAGGCGGCAUGGUUAUAUGGGUCAUUUAACAAGGAUAGCUAACUGUAUUGUGCACAGUACUGAUACGGGGCCAAACAGCGCACUAGUACAACAGCUUAUUAAAGAGCUUCCAGAUGAUGUCCGGGAGCGAUGGGAGACCUUCUGUACAAACUUCUUAGGAGAAACUAACAAAAGGAACACCGUGGAUCUAGUUACUACCUGCCACAUUCAUUCAUCCAGCGAUGAUGAAAUCGGCUUUAAAGAAACUGGUUUUUCACAGGAUUCUUCUUUGCAGCAAGCCUUUUCUGAUUAUCAGAUGCAACAAAUGACGUCCAAUUUUAUUGACCAGUUUGGUUUCAGCAAUGAGAAGUUUGCUGAUCAAGAUGACAUCGGGAAGACCUGCACAGAUCAUAGGAGGUCUGAUGGUGGUCUCAAGAAUUUAAUUGUUACUGCAGAAUCCUGAAGCAGUGAGGAACCCACCAUACCUAUGCAGCCCAAC